AUGCUCACAGCGGUAUCUGUGGCGCGCGAUUGCGAAAUGAUAGACGAAUUAGACCGCAUUGUGAUCGUUUCUGCAAAACCACCUCCACCAUCACCGCAGUUGUCGCAGGCACCCUCGAUUCACACCAGCCCAUCCAAUAUAACCUCAACUGCAGCUGGUGGGGAUGCGAAUUGGACAAACAACGUGCCGAUCACGCGUGACUCAAAUUUGGCUUCUAACCGGGUCUCUGCUGUCAAUCUUAGUCCGUCCACACCUUUCAAUCCGCUUCUCGGUGACCAGCACACCAUGCCAUUGGUCGAGUUUCACUACGCGGAGGACUUGCACAAACCAGUGACUGAAGUAACAGCCACAAGUGGAGCGACUAGUCGAUCUUGGCGUGAGCAGCACAAACGUGCAAUUUCGGCAAGAGCUGAAAAGCCAAAAGAUCGUCGCUGGUUUCGACGCCGUCAUCAGCGUUCUACUCUGUGA